ACAGAUAGGGGACGCAGUGAAGGCAGCGGGAGGCAGAAGGGCCAAUAGCCUCGGACAAGGGAAUCAGUGCAAUCUGGCCCGUGUUUGUUGAUGAUAAUGCGCCUUUCCAAAGCCCUGAUAGACAUGGAGAUGGCAGAUUAUAGCGCAGCACUAGACCCGGCUUAUACCACUCUGGAGUUUGAGAACAUGCAGGUGCUGGCUAUGGGCAAUGCAGACACAUCUCCCUCAGAAGCAGCCAACCUCAACACUACCAACAGCAUCGGGGUGAGCGCGCUGUGUGCCAUCUGCGGGGACCGUGCCACGGGGAAGCAUUAUGGGGCUUCCAGCUGUGACGGCUGCAAAGGCUUUUUCAGGAGGAGUGUCCGGAAGAACCACAUGUACUCCUGCAGGUUUAACAGGCAGUGUGUGGUAGACAAAGACAAAAGAAACCAGUGCAAAAAAAUGAAGAAGGAAGCUGUACAAAAUGAACGGGACCGAAUCAGCACCCGAAGAUCAAGUUAUGAAGACAGCAGCUUGCCUUCCAUCAACGUCUUGCUGCAGGCAGAAGUCCUGGCACAACAGAUAUCAUCCCCAGUUCCUGUGAUCAACGGAGACAUCCGAGGGAAGAAGAUUGCCAACAUCUCGGAUGUGUGCGAGUCCAUGAAGCAGCAGCUGCUCGUGCUGGUGGAGUGGGCCAAAUACAUCCCUGCCUUCUGCGAGCUGCCCCUGGACGACCAGGUGGCACUGCUGCGAGCACACGCGGGGGAACAUCUGUUACUGGGAGCUGCCAAGAGGUCCAUGGUGUUCAAGGAUGUCUUGCUGCUAGGAAAUGACCACAUCAUCCCACGGAACUGCCCUGAACUGGUGGAGGUGAGCCGCGUGGCCAUCCGCAUCCUGGACGAGCUGGUCCUUCCGUUCCAGGAACUGCAGAUAGAUGAUAAUGAGUAUGCCUGCUUGAAAGCCAUCAUCUUCUUCGACCCAGAUGCCAAAGGACUGAGCGACCCGUCCAAGAUCAAGCGGAUGCGGUACCAGGUGCAGGUCAGCCUGGAGGACUACAUCAAUGACCGGCAGUACGACUCACGGGGCCGCUUCGGGGAGCUGCUGCUGCUACUGCCCGUGCUGCAGAGCAUCACCUGGCAGAUGAUAGAGCAGAUCCAGUUUGUCAAGCUCUUUGGGAUGGCUAAGAUAGACAACCUGCUGCAGGAGAUGCUGCUGGGAGGAUCAUCAAGUGAAACGCCGCAUGCUCACCACCCUCUGCACCCUCAUCUGAUGCAGGAGAACCUGGGAACAAAUGUCAUUGUGGCCAACACAAUGCCUCCUCAGAUGCACAACGGACAGAUGUCUACUCCAGAGACUCCACAGCCGUCUCCACCUGCGGGCUCAGGGCCAGAGCAAUACAAGCUACUGCCUGGAGCCAUUGCAACUGUGGCAAAACAGCCCACCUCCAUCCCACAACCCACCAUCACCAAACAGGAGGUCAUCUAGCAAUCUGCAGACCAGCUGGCCUCUUUCAGAAGACCAAGCGGGAGAAAAGCCUGAACUGUCUCUGUCACUGUGAAAAGAGAAUCAUCAAGAGGUCCUGGGGCACAGACACACGGACUUGCUUAUUGGAAUAGACCACCACCACCAAAAGCUGUCUUUCUCCAGCUAUGGACAGCACGUGCCAUGGGCAGCCCCAAGUCACAGAACCAAGGUUGAAGCCUUACUGAAAUCUUCAUUCCUUAUAAGAAGGGCCAGAUUUCUGCCUCCCUCAGCAGGGAGCUGCAGUAGCCAGAUGGGACAGUACAGUUGGCUGUCUCUUUACUGCCACCUCCCAGCUUUGGUUCAGCACGUACAGACCCUGAGAACAAGCGAUUCCCUAAACGAGGACCCUGCACUGCAGGAUGGGGUGGGGUUCCUUCCCAUAGCUAUGCCAGUUCCCCAGAUAGUCUUCAGUCCAGCCAAAUUUCACAAAGCUGGAAACUCCCUGGGAGGCAUCACUGCAGGUGAAGCACGCUGGGGUUUGCCCAGGUAGUACUGACAGUAUCGCUCCUCAGCCUCAGCUCACGACCCGGAUCUUUGCACGGUGUCACCCUCCAGCAGUGGUCUCACAGCCAGGUCCAACAUAUCUUAUAGCUGAUACUGGGGCAAAGUCUGGCCCACUAGGAUUCUUCAUUAUUUGGAUCCUUCUGCCUUUUGAGGGGUUUUGUUAUUCCUGUACAUGACUGCCCUCCCGGCACAGAGCUCAGAGGAGGCAACCACUGCCAGAUCCUUCCCUUACACUGCCACUGCCUACAUGCUGCCCGGACUGGAAAUUGAGGGGACUGAGAUUCACGAGAUUUCAACUAACAGGAUGGGGUCACCCCCACCCAGGCUGCCUGUAGGCAGCACUGCCCAAAAUAUCACUGGCCCCUCUAUUGCUUCUCACAUUCAUCCACAAAGGAAGAUCUUUUGAUGCCUGUUAGGAAGGGAGUCCAGGGAAAGGGUGCAUGAAGGAGAGAAGUCUUUGAGGGUGAGAGGAGUCCAAACCUCACAGACUGCCCAAAGGUCUCGGGCUACUCAAACGCUGGGAGUGUUGUGACCUAGGAUUUCGUUUCAGACCCAGCUUUAAUGCUAGCACAUGCCAUAUAAUCUACCUUGUCCAGGCCAGUGCCACUCCCUCUACUUAGAGUGAAUGGCUGAUACAGAUUUAUAGGGCUUUGUAGUUUGAUAAGAAUUCAUUAUGACCCCUUCAGACCUCAGAGGGUUUGAGGGCAAUAACCUCAAACCAUAAAGCUUCGAGUCCUACUGUGAAGAACUACAGAGGCGCUGUCUCGCAUGAACCCUUGGGUCUGCACCCGCCAUGGCUCCCCAUUUCUCUUUGCCUGCAUGUUUCUUUGCUCACUGAAGCCUGUCAGUGCUGAAACCCUGCAGACUCCACGUUUGCUUUAUGCUGAAGUCAGCAAAGGAGCCCACCCCAUGCCCAGUGUUUGCCUCUCCAGGAGACGGUAGGGCUGGAGCUGACAGAGCCCUGCCUGACUUCAGGCCACAGGGAGGUCCCUGUGUCCUCAAGUGCUGCCCGAUUCAUUUUUGGCAGCAGUAUGGUAGAGGUGCCAAGAAAACUUGGAACAAGUUUUUACGAGGAAAGACAGACAGCAGAUGCAUGAUAUCUGUGCCUUGGAAAAUCCAGCAAGAAGGAAAAUAGCCCUUCAAUUUCUCGCUCCAUCAGAACUUAAAGCAUUUUAUUCUGGGGCAACAGCAACUCUAAGUAACCCUAGACUAUGUUUCUGUGGGGUCCUGGCCUUGUAGGAAGAUAAAGUUUGUGGAAUCACAACUGCCAAAAGGUCUGGGAGAAGUCCCUGGCAGGGAUAAAUCUAAGCUAGUCUGACCAGAAGAGCUAUGGAUCUGUCCCUUGAUUUCCAAUGCAAAAAUGAAACACCUGGCCCUGUGCUGAUGGUGUCAAAAGUAUUGUAUUUUUUCUCAAAGCUGGUGGCAUUAUACUGAGUAAUUUAUUGCAAUGAUGUAUCCAAUCAUUUUCUGUAAAUUAUUUUGUAAAUCACAUUGAUUAUUUAUAAUCAGGAAAUUAAAUGCAAAAAAAAAAAAAAAA